CGGGCGUGUGCAGGAACAGAACCCAGGGUCAGGGGUGCCAGCUGAUCGCAGCCGCAAACACCCCUGCUCACUGCUCCUCCUCACCGUGUGUGUGAAUUCGUCCUCACAACACCGUUGCCUCAGCCGGGGACCUGGGAGUCAUCUUCACCGUGGAUUUCUGCCCACCGCAGCUUCCAGGUCGCCAUUUCCCCAAACGUCCGAAGCACAUGCUUGUAGUCGAAGCAAAGUUCGAUGGAGAACAGCUGGCGACGGACCCUGUGGACCACACUGACCAGCCAGAGUUCGCCACCGAGCUAGCCUGGGAAAUCGACAGGAAAGCCCUCCAUCAGCACAGGCUACAGCGUACUCCGGUCAAACUCCAGUGUUUUGCCUUGGACCCCUCAACUUCAGCCAAAGAAACCAUAGGUUACAUUGUUCUGGACUUAAGAACCGCUCAAGAAACAAAGCAGGCACCAAAAUGGUACCAGCUGCUGAGUAACAAAUACACCAAGUUCAAGUCUGAGAUACAGCUAAGCAUUGCUUUGGAGACAGACACGAAGGCGCCAGUGGAUAGUUUUAAAGCAAAGGGAGCCCCUCCUCGAGAUGGAAAAGUGCCUGCCAGCCUGUCUGAACUCGACCCUAAGGACAUAGUGGCAGUGCUGAACGAGGAGGGCGGCUACCAUCAGAUUGGCCCAGCCGAGUACUGCACUGACGCCUUCAUUCUGUCAGUGACCAUAGCGUUCGCCACCCAGCUGGAGCAGUUAAUUCCAUGUACCAUGAAACUUCCAGAAAGACAGCCUGAGUUUUUCUUUUACUAUUCUUUACUGGGGAAUGAUGUUACAAAUGAACCCUUCAACGAUUUGAUCAACCCAAACUUUGAGCCAGAGAGAGCUUCAGUUCGUAUACGCAGCAGUGUAGAAAUUCUUCGCGUUUACCUGGCUCUUCAGUCUAAGCUACAGAUCCAUCUCUGCUGUGGAGACCAGUCUCUCGGAAGCACAGAAGUCCCUUUAACUGGAUUACUGAAAAAGGGCAGCACAGAAAUCAACCAGCGCCCAGUCACAGUGGAGGGUGCUUUCACCCUUGACCCUCCAAACCGAGCCAAACAGAAGCUUCCCCCAAUUCCCUUGGAGCUGGCCCCAACCGUGGGCGUGUCCGUGGCUCUGCAGAGGGAAGGCACAGACACCCAGUCUUUAAUUGAGAUAAAGACCCAGCGUGAAUGUGAGCCAGAGCAUUCAAGGAAGAGAGCUUUAACCCCCAUAAAGGAGAAGUCACUCACUGGGCCCAGAUCGCCAAGCGUGUCGUCCCCUGUUCCACCUCCCAACCCAUCACCGCCAGCGAAAGAUGAUGCCACGGAAAGCGAGGUGGAAAGCUUACAGUACGACAAGGACACAAAGCCAAACCCAAAGGCCAUCAGCUCUGUGCCCGCUUCAGGGGUCCAGCCAGUGAAUGCCUCCCAGGCUUCGGAAACGACUUCAGGACAGAAGAUUGCUGUGCCGGCAACCUCGCAUCAUUUUUGCUUUUCAAUAGACUUACGGAGUAUCCAAAACUUGGAAACUGCUUUUCCAAUCAACUGUAUAUUAAGGUACUCAUACCCAUUCUUUGGAAGUGCUGCUCCUAUUCUGACUAACCCUCCUGUAGAAGUUCGGAGAAACAUGGAGGUUUUCCUUCCCCAAUCUUACUGUGCAUUUGAUUUUGCAACCAUGCCUCACCAGCUGCAAGAUACUUUCUUAAGGAUUCCAUUGCUGGUUGAAUUAUGGCACAAGGACAAAAUGAGUAAAGAUUUACUUCUGGGAAUUGCAAGAAUCCAGCUUUCUAACAUCUUGUCUUCAGAAAAAACUCGCUUUUUGGGUUCUAACGGGGAACAGUGCUGGCGUCAGACUUACAGCGAGAGCGUGCCUGUCAUGGCAGCCCAAGGGUCAAAUAACAGGAUAGUAGAUCUUUCUUACACAAUGACUCUAGAAGAUCAUGGACUAGUUAAAAUGCAUGAAAUUUUUGUCUCCGAAUCAUCUCAGGGUUUAUCUGCUGCACACCAAAAGCCAUCUUCUCUUCCUCCAGUACCUUGUAACUCAGAGGUCCAGACAGAGCCUCGGCAAACCUUGGAGUACAAAGCGGCACUUGAGCUAGAAAUGUGGAAGGAGAUGCAAGAAGACAUUUUUGAAAAUCAGCUAAAGCAGAAAGAACUGGCACACAUGCAGGCUCUUGCAGAAGAGUGGAAGAAAAGGGACCGAGAGAGAGAGUCCCUGGUGAAGAAAAAGGUGGCCGAAUACACUAUUCUAGAAGGAAAACUGCAGAAAGCCCUCGUGGACUUGGAGAGGCGAGAGCAGCAGCUUGCCAGCGCGGACUCUGAGCUCCAAAGGGAAAGAAAGGAGCUGCAAUCAGAACGCGAGCGGAACCUGCAAGAACUUCAGGACUCUAUCCGGAGGGCCAAAGAAGACUGUAUUCACCAAGUGGAACUGGAAAGGUUAAAGAUCAAGCAGAUAGAAGAGGACAAGCACCGACUCCAACAGCAGCUAAGUGAUGCUGAAAAUAAGUAUAAGAUUUUGGAAAAAGAGUUCCAACAGUUCAAGGAUCAACAAAGUAGCAAGCCAGAAAUCCGACUACAGUCUGAAAUAAACCUUCUCACCUUGGAAAAGGUUGAACUUGAAAGAAAGUUGGAAUCUGCAACUAAGUCGAAACUGCAUUAUAAGCAGCAGUGGGGACGAGCUUUGAAAGAACUUGCCAGACUUAAACAGAAAGAGCAGGAAAGUCAAAUGGCUCGUCUUAAAAAGCAGCAGGAAGAACUGGAACAGAUGAGACUGCGUUACCUGGCGGCCGAGGAAAAAGACACAGUAAAAACCGACCGGCAAGAGUUGUUGGAUAUAAGAAAUGAAUUGAACAGGUUAAGGCAGCAAGAUCAAAAGCAGCCCCAGGAUUCCAGAGAGAUCGCAAGUAGGAGCGUGGAGGGCCCGCACAACCGAGCGCUGGAGGAGGGGCUGGAGGACUACCUGACGCGCCUGAUAGAAGAGAGGGAUACCCUGAUGAGAACAGGCGUCUACAGUCACGAGGAUCGAAUCAUAGGUGAACUGGACCGGCAGAUCAGAGAGGUUCUGGCCAAAAGCAAUGCCAGUAAUUAAUGACGUUUGGAAAAUCUCUGCAGAGACUCCAGGUCUACAUUUUAAUUUCAUUGUAAAACCCUCAAAAGUGGGGAAAAAUGGAUAUUUUUCAAAUGCUAUUUUCAAUUUUUGUAAGGAAAAUGGUGUAUGUUAUUGUACAGUAUUUAUUUGGUUUUCUUGUACUUUAUGCUACCUCCCCCACGCUGGUUGUAUUUGUAAUUGCAUUUUAUAUACUCAUUUUAAAUGACUUCUCAGUGUUUCUCAGAGUUUAUAAUCUGAUGGCUAACUUUCCAAGCAGCUUUUUAUUAAAUUUAUAGGAGAAAUAGCUGCAGUAAUUUCUAGUUCUCAUAAUUUUUCAUAUUGAGCCAGAAGAGUAUAUGUUGCACUUUAAUGCCAUGCCCUAUCCCAUUUGAAGGCAGGUAUCUUAAAGUUGAGACCAAGUGUAAAUGUAGCUGGUUUUAUUUAAUUCUAAAUGACCUCAUUUUACAUAACCUUUUUUUCUCACCUAACUUGUAGUAUUUGCAAGUGACAAGUUUGAAAACAAAGCAAGAUCAAUGCAGAGAAGUCAUAUGACACAUUGGGUGACAGAGUGGUCAUUUAAUUAAAUAAAGUUAAUAUAGAAUAAACUCGUUUCAAGAGCUGUUCAAUUUUCAAAUCUUCAUUGCACUCUUAACUUUUAAAAACAUGAAAUAAUAGCUAAAUACGUUUUUCUCUGUCAGUCUUCUGCUCAAUAUGGCAUUGUUUUCUUUUGUUAAAAAUUAGAGGUUUCUUUUUAUUUUCCAGUGAUAGUGAUAAUACUUAGCUAUUAGCUCAAACCCUCUGUUACAGACCAUGAAAACAGACACAUACAGGUUUCAGUUUAAAAAGAGGGAAAAAUCAACUAUUUUUUACUGUCCCUAACUAUAGUCACCCUUCCCAAAGUCCAUGGAAUUAAGGCACCGUAUGCGUAGUGCCAAGCUCUGUGCCCGCUGAAAGAGCCCCUCCCCCAGAUGCUUCAGGGCCGGCCUUCAUCCUCAGAGCAGCACUGGCACCUCCUUUGACAGCGUCCUCAAAGUCUAUAGCAAAUCCACAGAUUAGGUUGCAUCUUAAACUAUAUGUAGUUUAGAUUUUUUGAUUUCUAAAUGUAAUAAAUUUAGGUAUGUACUCUAGAAAGUAUAUACUAUUUAGCAGAAUAGGCUGAUUGGCAACAUGAAAUAAAUUUAAUUUUCAACAAGGUACAUUUCUUGUUUGGGAAAUUAAAGUCCAUAUGCACAUUGUAUGCUGUAUUUUUUUUCCUUAUUAACAAAGUAUUAAUCUUCUAAAAACAACCCAGCAGUAAAUACAGAGAAAGAAAUGACUGAAUGACAAGAUAAUGAAUCUGUGAAUCAUAGCAGGAAUUUGAAAUACUAAUUAUGGUUAGAUGUUUCCCCUCAUUAAUUUUUGUGCCACACGAAUGGAACAGAAGUAUUAUUUUUGUUUUGGUAGGCCUCUGGCAAAACACUGACUGCAUUUGAUUGUGUUGUGUGCUGCCUCUGACGGUUUUCAAACACUAGAGGGGGCCUUAGAUUUAAAGAAACCAAAAGGACUUUUCUAACAUGGAUGCGUAGUUGAUUUUGCCUUCUGUAAAGCCAUCUUUGACCAUUGUACUUUCACAAAUAAAGCGCUGUUUGUUAACCA